AUGGACAGGUACACUAAUAUCCAUCAUCCUGACUAUGUGCCGGGUACUUUCAACAUUUACUCGUCCAAAAGCCUGGAAAAUGGUGUCAUUUACGACUCUACGUUGCGGAAGACCGAAGACGGUGUAGUUUUGAUCCCGCAACCGUCCGAAUCGCCCAACGAUCCUCUCAACUGGUCCAAACUGCGUAAGUUUUCUCACUUUGCUUUGAUGGCCUUCAUAACUGCUUUUACUGCGGCAACUAGUAACGAUGCUGGUGCGGCCCAAGACUCGCUGAACGAGAUAUACGGUAUCUCUUACGAUGCAAUGAACACUGGUGCAGGCGUUCUGUUUUUGGGUAUUGGUUGGGGGACGUUGUUUUUAGCCCCUUUCGCCAACUUGUACGGGCGUAAGAUUACCUACAUCAUUUGUACAGUUCUAGGUCUGGGAGGUGCAAUUUGGUUUGCGUGUGCAAGCAAAACCAGUGAUACUAUUUGGUCACAGCUUCUAGUUGGAAUCAGUGAGUCAUGUGCCGAGGCCCAAGUUCAACUUUCUCUGAGUGAUAUUUACUUUCAACAUCAGUUGGGGUCUGUUCUAACGGUCUAUAUCUUGGCCACCAGUGUGGGGACCUUUCUGGGCCCUUUGAUAGCAGGUUACAUAUCCUCUCUAGCAAGUUUCCGCUGGGUGGGCUGGUCGGCUGCUAUUAUCUCCGGUGCCUUAUUGGUAGUUAUAAUUUUCGGUUGUGAGGAAACAUACUUCGACCGCAACAGAUAUGUGACACCGGUUUCCAACAAAAACUCAGACCACCGGGGUAACUACGAGACUCAAACCCAUCAGAAUUCAGGUAACAGCGAAAAUAGCGAUGAUUCCGAUCCUCCACAUGAAAAGCAAGAUUUAUCAACACACAAAGUUGACAAGGUGGCCGAGGUCAACCACAGCAGCAUGAAUGCCUCCGUGGAGGAUUUUAAACUGCUAGAUGGAUCGGAAGAGAAAAUGAAACCUUGGCAUAAGAGAAUGGCUAUUAUCACGAAGGCAACCAAUUUGCGCGGGUGGGGAUUUAAGCAGUACUUUCAGUAUCUUGGUUUGAACAUGAGAAUGUUUUUGUUUCCUCCAGUCUGGUUGUCUGGUUUUUUUUGGGGUAUUCAAGACGUUUUUCUAAGUUUCUAUCUGACCACCGAGGACACGCUCUACUACGAUCCCCCUUGGAACUAUGGUGAUUAUGCUGUCGCUAUUAUGAAUGUCCCAACCCUGAUCGGUGCCGUUAUAGGGUGUAUUUACGCCGGUAUCAUCAGCGACUAUUUUGUGCUUUGGAUGGCCCGCAGAAACAAUGGGAUCUUGGAGGCAGAAUACCGGUUGUACUUCUCUUUUGCAACUGCUAUCAUCGGCCCUGCCGGUCUAUUGAUGUUCGGAAUUGGCUCGGCCCGUGCGUUGCCUUGGCAAGUAGUUUACGUUGGUCUUGGCUUUAUUGGAUUUAGCUGGGGCUGCUCCGGAGAUAUCGCAAUGGCAUAUUUGAUGGACUGCUAUCCCGAUAUGGUUCUGGAAGGUAUGGUGUGCACUGCCAUCAUUAAUAACACGACGUCAUGCAUUUUCACAUUUGUCUGCUCAUAUUGGUUAGACGCGUCAGGAACUGAAAAUACGUACAUCGCGCUAGCAGUCAUCAAUUUUGGUAUCACUCUUCUUGCCGUUCCCAUGUACAUUUGGGGUAAAAGAAUCAGAGUGGCCACCAAAAAGUGGUACAUCGCUUCUAUCGCGUUCAGGGAUGGUGUAUAG